UUUAGUCACAUUGUCACAACAUAUCCUCUCUUGAGGAUAAGUCAGUCACCUCUCACCCUCUUCUCCACUCUCUUCUCCCCAUAUCAACAAUGGCAGCAACAUCCACAACACUAACAUAUUCACUCUCAUCCCUCUCCCUCCACACCACCAAAACUUCCAACAUUACCCUUCUAAAACCCAUCAAACACAUUUUCUUCUCCCCCAAAUUCACCCCAAAACCCAUCACAACCGCCACAAAAUCCACCUCCGAUACCGACGCACCAAAACCCACCGCUGAAUACGAGACAAUUUUCUUCGACAAUUUCAACUCAGAAGACAUCGUUUUCGACCCACCAACCCCACCGGACGACUUCGUCGACCCACCGGCUUUCGAUGAAGAACCCAUGGAAACCGAGGAGGAAAUUUCUAAAGCUUACGAGGAGCUGUACGGCGCUGCUUACAGCGGUGAGAGUGUUCUGGGCAACGACGUGUAUGUAAUGGAUUCGAAGUUUAAGAAGGCAACUGGGUAUGGGACGAAGAGUAAGAAGGAGAAGAUUAGAGAUGGGUUUGAGGAGAGAGUGAUUCAAGUUCGGAGAGUUACUAAGGUUGUUAAGGGAGGGAAGCAGUUGCAUUUUAGGGCAAUUGUUGUUGUCGGAGAUAAGCAAGGGAAUGUUGGGGUUGGUGUUGGUAAAGCUAAGGAGGUUAUUGGUGCUGUUCAAAAAUCUGCUCUUAAUGCUAGGAGGAAUAUUAUUUCUGUUCCUUUGACGAAAUACUCGACUUUUCCUCAUAGGUCUGAUGGGGAUUAUGGGGCAGCAAAGGUAAUGCUUAGACCCGCCUCACCUGGUACGGGAGUGAUUGCGGGAGGUGCUGUGAGGAUUGUUCUUGAGAUGGCAGGUGUUGAGAACGCCUUGGGAAAGCAAAUUGGAAGUAAAAAUGCCCUCAACAAUGCCAGAGCUACUGUUGUUGCAGUACAGAAAAUGAGGCAAUUCCGCGAUGUUGCUCGUGAGCGAGGUAUCCCAAUGGAGGAAUUAUGGAAGUAAUUGCUUUUUUUCAUCUUAAUUUUUUGUUUUCUUUUCUUUUUCAGAUGCAACUAGAAAACUCCAUGUUAAUAGGAAAUUAACUCUUAUUCUGCAUUGGCAUGUUUAAAAAAAAUCUGUAAUUCCAUUUA